GGGUCUAUCGAUGGAAUCAAGAUGGCGACUCUGGCGAAAGCGCCAAUAUAUUUACUGAAGUAGAUGUCCAAAAUUAACCGCGGUAGCGGGUUUUCUCAAGCCCCCGAGGGGUUUCCGUGAAACAUGAAGGCCGGGAUCAUGUUUUGGGAGAGGAACUGACCGGUAUCUAUACCGUAACAAAGUCAGCGAGAUGUGCGAGAGCUAUGCCCGCUCGCUGCUGCGUGUUUCGGUGGCGCAGAUCUGCCAGGCUCUGGGCUGGGAUGCGAUUCAGCUCACUGCGUGCGAUCAGCUGUCCGAUGUGCUGCAUCGAUAUAUCCAGCAGUUGGCCAGGGUCUGCCAUCGCUACUCUGAGCUCUAUGGAAGAACAGAUCCAGUCCUGGAUGAUGUCAGCCAGGCCUUCAGGCUCUUGGGGGUGAGCCUGAGUGAACUGGAGGACUAUGUCCACAACCUGGAGCCCGUGGCCUUCGCCCAACAAACGCCGCUUUUCCCUGUCAAUAAAAACAACGUCCUGCAGUUUCCCCAGCCUGGAGCCCGAGAUGCAGAGGAAAGGAAGGAUUACAUUCCAGAUUACCUGCCACCCCUGGUCUCCUUGCAAGAAGAAGAGGAGGAGGAAGAGGUUCUUGCUGACAUGGGCACUUCAGCCGAAGCUAUGCAGGUGGCACUGGAGGAGGAUGAGGAGGAUAUGGAUGGGGAUGAGACGGUCAACGAUGAGAACCACCCACUGAAGAGGCACCUGGACAGUCCUGAUGCAGCUCUGGGCAUGAUGCCGACCUCCAAGAUACCACGCAUGUACACUGGCCUCAGCCCAGAAUGGGGGGUUGAGCCCAGGGAGCCCCUCACCUCUCUCAACCCUCAACGUGUUCCCCCAGGCAUGCUGCCUUCUCAUGAUAGCAUUGACCCCCUGUCACCUGAAACACCUUCUGGAGCCCUGCCUUCCUCCUUCAAACCUCAGCCGGUGGUACCAAAACACUCUGAUCAAAAGGGCCUUACCACUCCUGGAAGAAAGUCUAAGGUCUCAUCGCCUGGCAGCCAACGGACUAAGUCCCCGAAAGGGGUCAUUCCUGUUGCGGUGGGUGGUAGUCCCAUCCAUUCUCCAAAACCGUCGAAAGAAAAGAAGAAAUCUCCAGGGAGGACGAAGAGUCCAAAAAGCCCGAAGAGCCCAAAGAUGGGUUCAGCCAAAGCAUCCCAACCCCAGAUCAAGACGGAGAGUAUGCUGAAGGUACCGCUGUGCGCGCUGAAUGAGAGGAUGGGCAAAGAGAACAUCCAUAUGCGUCAAAAUAUAGAAGACAGGGAGUUAGCCGAGGGCCCCUUCAAGAAACUAGAGCCUGAUAACGCAGCCAUCGAUGACUCCAUCGACGUUGUGAUUGCCAGAGCGUGUGCCGAGCGGGAGCCCGAUCCUUUCGCUUUCUCCUCGGGUUCUGAUUCGGAUAGCAAUGGCUUCUCCAGCCCCAGGAGGCUGACCAUCAUGGAGCCGUCGACACCGAAACUCUCGAUUGGGAUCUCCGUAAAAGACACGUCGCCGCCACUUCAGCUGCAGCCACACGCAGGCCUAGGAAACUGGACUAUGGAUGAUUCGAUCAACGAGGUGAUCCGAAAGGUCAACCAGGGGGGUCCGUCCGCACCCCCGCCCGACCUAGGAGACUAUGCCUCGUCAGGAUCGGCCUCUCCACCGACUCCGGAACCUUUACUCAAGGUGUUUGAGGAGAAGAACAAGAUUGUGUCACCUGUAGACAUUAAGAAGAAGCUGAAGAAGGAACUCAAAACUAAAUUGAAGAAGAAGGAGAAAGACAAGCCGAAAGACAAAGACCGGGAAAAGGAUAAGGGCAAGCUGAAGGAGAAGAACAAGGAGAAGAACAGGGAUAAAAACAAGGACUUUUCUAAGGAUGGCAAGGUGCCCUGGAAGGAGUUCGGAGUGAAGGACGACGAACACUUCCUGAUGCGAGACUUUACUCUGCCCGAGGGCUCCAUCAAGAUAAAAACCAGAGAUGUAGAUGCCCCAAAGAAGGAGAAGGAGAAACAUAAAGACAAAAAGAAAGAUAAAGAAAAAAGUAAAAAGGACAAAGACAAGAGGGACAAGGGUAAAGAGCGGAGCAAGGACGACAGACCCAAUAAGUCGGCGCCGGCCCCCUUCGUGCUGAGUGAAAUGCCGCCACUGUUCAGCCCCUCCACCUGCCUGCGCCUCCCCUCCAUGCUCCCUUCUCUGGCCCCGAUCCUCCAGGAAAAGGACGUGAAGAGCAAAGAGAAGGACAAGAAGAAAGACAAGAAGGAGAAGAAGAAAAAGAAAGAAAAGGAGAAGGAUAAAGAGCGAGAAAAGGCCAAAGAAAAGGAGAGGGAGAAAGAGGAGAAGAGGAAAGAAAAGGAGAGGGAAAAGGAGAAACGAGAAAAGGAGAAGGAGAAAGAAAAAGAGAGAAUUCGAUUGGAGAAGGUGAAAGUAGACACUCCAGCCGCUCUACCGUCUCCAGUCAUCCCCAGACUGACGCUCAGGGUGGGAGCCGGCCAGGACAAAAUUGUUAUCAGCAAGGUGGUGCCAAAUUCAGAGCCCAAGACGCCGGCACCCAAGACCCCCGCUGCCAAGUCAGGACCCGGGAAUCGCCCUCGGACUCCCCCACCACUCCCAGUGCUCUGCCCAGUCGUGCCCACCCUGCCCCCACCUCCCUCUCCACCGGCUCCUGCCCCAUCAUCGCUGCUCCCCGCGGCCCCUCUGCUCUCUCCCACCGCUUCCUCCAAAACACCGGUCCGCAGUGUUGUAACCGAGACCGUCAGCACCUACGUGAUCCGAGAUGAAUGGGGAAACAAGAUCUGGAUUUGUCCUGGAUGCAACAAACCUGAUGACGGCAGUCCCAUGAUAGGAUGUGAUGACUGUGACGAUUGGUAUCAUUGGCCGUGCAUUGCUAUGACGACAGCCCCCCCUGAGGACCAGCAGUGGUUCUGUGUUAAAUGUUCCAGCAGGAAGAAGGACAAAAAACACAAGAAAAGGAAACACAAAGUGCAUUGAGACUAUGCAAAAAGCACAUAUUUUGGACUUUUUUGGACUUUAAGCCAUCACUGAACACUCGUGGCACCGCUGUAAAAUAACAAUUCAAAAGAAAGUUUAAAAUUGUGGCUGAAACUAACAUCUAAUGAUUUUUUAAAGAUGUCGGCCAUUGCAUUGUGAGUCGUUCAGAAAAAAGGCUUUAACCAGCACAUAUCCAGCCUUAGUUCUCGUGUGGGUUUUCCCUUUUCACCUGUAAAUCAUUUGCUUGUUGUUUUGGAUGUCCAGUCGUAGGAGAUCAUGACGAUUCUGUUUGUAUCAAGAGGCCAUGACAAUUUGUCUCAGAUGAGAGCUCAACAAUGCAGAGAACCAGAAAACGACUAACAUCCAUGUCAUCAUUUCUGUUUCCUCUGUGUUGCCACCAAAGGAAUGACGACCAAGUCGAACCUUUCUCCAGUUGUCUGCAGUAUCAUUGAAAUGUCAUGUAUAUAAUGAGGAUGGCAUCAGGUGUGUAUAAAUGUGUCAAUACCAACUUCCAAGCCAAGUGCAUUUUGUUCUUAGGAUUCUGACUUGUUAAAUCCAUUUUCAGAUAUUGGUUUUUAACUCUAAUUAUUUCCUGUAAUUUCUGUACAUUUUUUUUAAAUUUAAAGUUUUUAUUUUUAUUUUUUCUUCAUAUGGAUAUGUCCUGGAGUUAAUACUGUAGCUGUGCUUGUAAUGUAAUUCGCUGAUAUUUCAAUAUUAAAGAUGAGUGGUCUGUGUACUCACAGACCGUAAGACGUAAAUGUCAUUAACAUCCAAAUUGUACCUUUUAAAAUGGAUUUAAAUAUC